CGGACAUUUGACGUACGUAUCGUCUCUACAGACAACAUUACAUUUUCUUUCCUAGAAACGGUAACCCUUGCACCAAGAUGAACUACGAGAGAUUUCAGAACCAAGCCAGUAUAGUGAGGAAGUCAUCACCACUUAGGGAUCUUCCUGGGAAGCUCUCAGCCAGACCGAAUGCCAUUAGCAUGGCAGGAGGUUUACCAGAUCCAGAAGCAUGCCCAUUCAUUGAGGCGACCGUGAAACUGCGGGAUGGUUCUGAGCUACAGAUUGACCCAGGAGACAUGGCAUUGUGUAUGCAGUACUCUCAUACAGAGGGUUUUCCUGAUCUGCGUCAAUGGUUUAAGGAACUACAGCGGAGGGUACAUAAUCCCCCUGCCCUGGGGGACUCCAAUCACCCUGGUCAGACCGACGUCAUACUCAUGAACGGUAGCCAGGAUGCUUUAUGUAAGUCGUUGGAGGCUAUGACAUCCCCUGGAGAUAAUAUUCUAAUAGAAAACCCAGCGUACCCUAGCCCAGGCAUUAUUUUAAAACCAAGAGGCUGUAAUAUGAUACCCGUCGAUUCGGACGCCGGUGGUAUGGAUCCGGAUAAUCUACGUCACGUCCUGUCCCGAUGGAGCCCAGAAGAUGCCAAGGAUCCUAGCAGCGAUAUUCCUAAAUUACUGUACUGUGUUCCAACUGGAGGGAACCCAACAGGAUCCGGUUUGACACUGGAGCGGAAACAAGAGAUCUACCGACUGGCCCAGGAGUACGACCUUAUGAUACUGGAGGACGACCCGUACUACUACAUACAGUUCACUGAGCCGUUAGUUCCAAGUUUCCUCUCGCUGGACGUUGACGGGAGAGUGAUGAGGUUUGACUCAAUGUCGAAACUCAUUUCACCAGGGGCGAGGCUCGGAUUGCUGACGGGGCCACAACCCAUGAUACAGAAAAUCGUAAAAAUCAUCAUGUGCUCAAGCAUUCACGUGAGCGGUAUCUCUCAAAUGUUCGUCCUAUCCCUUCUAAAGAAAUGGGGUCAUGAUGAGUUUCUGGCUCGUGCUAAAGAGACUAGUAACCUAUAUCUUAAAAGAAGUCAACUGUGCGUUAAGUAUUUGAAGAAGCAUCUUACAGGUCUUGCGGAAUGGACGAGACCCACUGGGGGAAUGUUCAUCUGGAUAAAAAUCCCCGCCGUCACAAAUACAAAUGAGUUGAUCUUAAGGACUUACCUAAAGGAUGCCCUCUUUGUCGCCGGAAGCGCUUUCCUUAACGACAGCAGCGCCCCCUCUCAGUAUAUAAGAGCUUCUUUUUCUCUUGCCACUUCUGAGCAAAUGGAUCAAGCUUUAUCAGCUUUGGCAGAAUCUUUAAAGGAGAUUUUAUCUAAGAAGACAUAACUGACAAGAAGAAGAUUACGUUAUUUAUGGUCAGGAAAUAAUGACCCAUGGUCGUCUAAAACUAAGGAAGAAUUAACGAAGGCCGAUUUAAAGAAUCUCCAAGAUGUCUAUACAUCUCCGGCUGUCAGAAUACCUAGUUUGAUAUAUUAUUAAGCAGAAUCUAGUAAAAUGUUGUUUCUUUGCGCUACAGAGGCGACCAAAGUGGAUAUUCAUGGCUGUAAUGUCUCCUCCGCACGUAUCACAUAUAAUGAAAAAAAUGCUCAUAGCAAGAAUGCUUCAUACCUUUCUUGUGCUUUCUCGAUGGUUUUCAGGUUUCAGAUAUACUGACUGCUUUGCUGAAUACCACAUCAUUAAUUUUAACAAAAUUUAAAAGAAGGGAUUUUAC